AGAAUCCAGUGUGUCUUGUGGCGGUAUUUCCGGAAGGUGGGUGAGAAAUUUUCACCAAGUAGUAGACUUGUGCGUAUUGUACAAAUAAGUAUAAACACAAAUACAAGUUUUAUUUAUUAUAAGACACUGCUGCUAUUACUGAAAUAAGUUUACAGUUGAAUAAAGUAAUUUAUAAAUAAAAAUAAAAAAUUUUUUUAAUCGAAAUGGAAUAUUUUGUAGUCCACUGUGAGAGACAGUCUCCUAUUUAAAGUGAUCACGUCAGAUUUGAGCAAAUUUAUAGGCAUGAGUUAAAUCUGAUCACAUUACCCUCUUAAUCAAAGUGACAUCAAAUUUUAAGUUAAUUCUCAGCUCAAUUCAACAAUGGGAUUUUCGACAAGUCUUCAAGGACAAGCUUCACAUGAAGCAUUGUUAGGAAGACAAGAUGCUGAAAUAAAACUCCUGGAAACUAUGAAAAGAUGUCUUACCACUAAAGUUAAAUCAGAUCGUGAAUACGCGUCAACUAUUUCAUCUUUGAGUAUUCAAGGAAAGAAAGUUGAACGCUAUGAUGACCUUGCUGGCAGUUUGAUUACUCAGAGUUGGAAGGAUAUUAUGGAUUCUAUUGAUCAGACAGCUAGAUUGAUAAAACAACAAGCUGAUUCUAUGGAGAGUCUCGUUGUCGAACACAUUGGUAAUCUUUAUACGGAAAGAAGAAAAGCCAGGAAACUUUAUCAAGAAGAACAAACCUGGCUUAGUAAUCAAUUUCAGCAGUUAACUGAUGAUGUUGCACGAAAAAAAACUGAGUAUCAAAAGAAUUUAGAGGCUUAUAAAUUGACUAGAGCUAGAUUUGAAGAGCACUAUGUUAACCGCGGAAGAGGAGGAAGAAAAUUAGAUGACGUGCGAGAAAAGUAUCAAAAAGCUUGCCGUAAACUUCAUCUUACUCACAAUGAAUACGUACUUUUACUUGGUGCAGUGGCGGAAUGUGAGCACGAUUUAAGAAGUUGUUAUCUUCCCAGUCUUCUUCGUAGGCAGCAAACUAUCCAUGAAGAGUUUAUAGUAGCUUGGAAGCGUAUUCUUCAAAAUACCGUAAAGUAUUCGGACUUUACUUCGGAAAAAUUUCAAGAAAUUCAUGCACGAGUACAAGCAGCUGUUGAUUCGAUAAAACCACUCGAAGAAUACAAGGAUUUUAUUGGAAAACAUCGAACACGUCCGGCGUCUCCAUUACGUUUUACUUUUGAUGAAAAUCUGGUCGACGACACUUCUGGCAAGCUAUUGCCAAACAAAUUAACCGUAGACAAUCUAACGAUAGACUGGUUACGUAGUCGCUUAAAUGAGCUAGAAAAUUCGUUGAAAAGUACUCUACAAAAUCGUCAAGCUACUCAGUCAUCAAACGAAAAUACCUGUGAUCCUAGAAUGACGAUGUUAGAUUAUUCACGAGAAAGAGAAGAACUACGGUUAAGGUGCCAAGAAAAAAAAUUACAAAGACAGGUCGAAGUAAUUCGUGGAGCUUUGAACGAAUUAGGAUGCGAAGAAUUACCAUCAGGUUGUGACCUUUCAAUGGAAGGAUCAUUCGCAGAACCCCCACCGGUUAUUAAGAGAAAUACAGUUGCAGAUACUAGUAUGUUUACAUUGAGACGAAAUCAGCGAUUUCUUACUAUGAUAAAGACCCCAUUUAAAACUGUACCUGCUACGAAUAAUAAUGGUAACGGCAUUAUUCGUGCAAAAAGCGUAGGAUCAUCAGUUAAGACAAUUCGACCCCGUCUACCAGGACCAUGUGGAAUCAACAAUUCAAAUAAUGAUCAAAAAAGUAAUGGAGGACUGAUGGAAGAAGAAUGGUUUCACGGAGUAUUACCGAGAGAAGAAGUAGUUAGACUUUUAGUUGUGGAAGGAGAUUUUUUAGUACGAGAAACUAUGAGGAAUGAUGAGUGUCAAAUUGUUUUAUCAGUUUGUUGGGACGGCCAUAAACAUUUUAUUGUUCAGAUCACUCCUGAAGGACACUAUAGAUUUGAAGGACCAACUUUUCCGACAAUUCCGGAACUGAUAAAACAUCAAUGGCAGUCUGGACUCCCAGUAACUAGUCGAUCUGGUGCAAUAUUAAAAACUCCUAUCCCACGCGAACGAUGGGAGCUAAAUAAUGAUGAUGUAAUUCUCAUAGAGAAAAUAGGACGAGGUAAUUUUGGAGAUGUGUAUAAAGCUCAAUUGAGAUCGUGUAAAACGGAGGUCGCUGUGAAAACAUGUAAAGUAACACUACCCGAUGAACAGAAACGUAAAUUUCUGCAAGAAGGUCGGAUUUUAAAACAAUAUGACCAUCCAAAUAUUGUCAAGUUAAUUGGGAUUUGUGUACAAAAGCAACCUAUUAUGAUUGUGAUGGAAUUAGUUCCUGGUGGUUCUCUUCUAACUUAUUUACGAAAAAAUGCAUCUACGAUUACAACUGGAGAACAACUUGGUAUGUGUAGAGAUGCUGCCGCUGGGAUGAGUUAUUUAGAAUCGAAAUUUUGUAUUCAUCGCGAUUUAGCCGCGCGUAAUUGUCUUGUUGGUUACGAUUCAAAUGUUAAAAUUUCGGACUUUGGAAUGUCAAGAGAAGAAGAAGAGUACAUUGUAUCUGAUGGCAUGAAACAAAUUCCUAUAAAAUGGACAGCUCCAGAAGCUUUAAAUUUUGGAAAAUAUACUUCACUUUGUGAUGUUUGGAGUUAUGGAGUAUUAGUAUGGGAAAUUUUUUCUAAGGGCGGUAAUCCAUACAGCGGAAUGUCGAAUUCACAGGCUAGAGAAAAAAUAGACGCAGGUUAUCGAUUACCUUCCCCUGAUGGAACACCAGAAGAGGUAUAUAGAUUAAUGUUGCGAUGUUGGGAGUACGAACCGGAAAAAAGACCACAUUUUGACCAAAUUUACACGAUUGUUGAGACAUUUUGUUUGGCUUUCAACCCUCCAAACAUCGUUUGAAUUUUUGUAACAUAACAUAUUAAUUAUUAUUUAAGUAUUAAUAUUAA